CAACUCUUUCUCUCCCACCAAGCUUCAGAUCAGCAUAGUCGCCCCAGGACUCUGACAGAGAUAUACAGCACAGUGCAUUUUAGCUUGCUAAGGAGAGUACAAUCAAAAGCAGCCAAAAUGUGUGACAUGGGAGGACUAGAUAACUUGAUAGCCAACACUGCUUACCUGCAAGCCCGGAAAAGUGGGGAUGGUGACACAAAGGAGAUGCAAAAAAGGCGGAGGAGCCUGUCUCUUCCCAAGCCCGAGCAGUGUGUGGAGCUGCGGCAGAAGACUGAGAUGAAUUUUGAAAACCUGUGUGAGCAGCAACCCAUAGGGAAAAAGUUAUUCCGGCAGUUUACAGCAACCGUUCCUGAGUACCAGGUGGCUAUCGAUUUCUUGGAUGAGCUCAAUAACUGGGAUCUGGCAGAGAGCACCUCCAAAGACAACCUCCGCCAAAACAUCACCACCAGCUUCCUUAAGCCAGACUCCAAAAACUUCAUUGCCUACCUGUGUGCAGAGUUGGCCGAGAAGUGCAAAAACGUCACCGAGAAAGAUUUUGAAGAAGUCAUGGAAAAGGCCAAAGAGGAGACAAGAAACUUCCUCAAGGGAAAAGCAUUUGACGAAUAUCAAAACAGCCCCUUCUUUGAAAGGUUUCUGCGGUGGAAAGUGUUUGAACGCCAGCCCAUCACAGAGAAAUACUUCUAUGAGUUUAGGAUUCUGGGAAAAGGUGGUUUUGGUGAGGUCUGUGCUAUUCAGGUCAAAGUGUCUGGGCAAAUGUAUGCCUGUAAGAAACUGGACAAGAAAAGGCUGAAAAAGAAAAAGGGGGAGAAGAUGGCACUUCUAGAGAAGGAGAUUCUGGAGAAAGUCAACAGCCUCUUCAUUGUCAAACUGGCGUACGCGUAUGAAACCAAAAGCCACCUGUGUCUAGUGAUGAGUCUUAUGAAUGGAGGGGAUCUGAAAUACCACAUCUACAAUAUCGGAGAGAGAGGCAUAGAGAUGAACCGAGCCAUCUACUACACAGCCCAGAUAACUUGUGGGAUCCUGCACCUUCACUCCAUAAACAUCGUGUACAGGGAUAUGAAACCAGAAAACGUGCUCUUGGAUGACAACGGCCAGUGCAGAUUAUCUGAUUUAGGUCUGGCAGUGGAAAUUAAAGAAGGAAAAUCAAUCAAUCAGAAGGCUGGCACCAAUGGAUAUAUGGCCCCAGAGAUCCUGAAGGAAGAAGAUUACACCUAUUCUGUGGACUGGUUCGCCCUGGGCUGCAGUAUUUAUGAGAUGGUGGCAGGCCGGACUCCUUUUAAAGACUUCAAGGAGAAAAUGAACAAGGACGAAGUCAAGAGGAGGACCCUGGAGGAGGAGGUGAAGUAUGAUCACCCCAAGUUCGAUGAGCUCACCAAGGACAUAUGUAAACAGUUUCUAAUGAAGAAAGUCGAGGACCGCUUAGGAUGCAGCUGCCCAGAUACCAGCUUGUCUUGGGUGAAGGUACUUGUAUUGCAAUGGGGGAAGGAGGAGUAGGGGAGUGGGAGAAGAUGAGAGAGCUUGUUCCCACUGUGUUCCUGAGGAUGAGGAGUUGCUUCUGCCACCCUGGCUGGAGCAAGAGGAGGAAGACUAUAGGCCUUGAUGGAACAUGAGGAGGCCAGAACCUGAAGUUGGAACUAUCUGAAGUCCCCAAGCUUGAAGACAGCGAUGUCCAAGAGCCGCACCAGGUACCCUAACCAGAAGCAUGUCAACCUUCCACCUGGCUUACGCCCACAAGUGGAAACUAUGUGGAAGUGCUUUUUAAACCUAGAAAAGGAGGCACUUCUUUACCUGAAGGUUUGGGGUGUGGGAGUCUGGAACAAACUACGCAGACAUGCUGUUGAAGGCCAAUGUUGUUGAAGAAAUGGCUGGAAGAGAUCCUUGAAUCAGUUCACCUCUAACUACCAAAUGGGCAUAAUGGGCCAAUGGCAUCAUCCUCUUGUUUGAACCUGUUCUUAUGCUCACUGUGGCCAGCUCACCCCGUUUCCCUGAAGCUGCGAGCCCCUCUCUGUGACGUGGACUGUGGACGCUGGCAGCAGCUCCCACUCGCUCUCACUCAUUCUUUCAGCCUGUGCUCCCCCUGCUGGUGUAGUGGUGUAGCUGCAGCAGGGCUCCCCUCACUGGAGCAACAGUCACACCUCGGCAUCAUCCUCUUGCAGGGGGGUGGCAACUUCUCCUUCUUCUCAUGCCCCUCUUCAAGACGGGGCAUCUUUGUUUUUUGCCUCCAAUCUUCCUCAGGCCAAAGUAGCAGUAGCAACUCCUCAUCCUCCUUUCUCUCCCAGUGUCUGAAGCAAGGCAACCCUAAACUGCUACAAAGUCAAUUCUUAGAACCAAUUAACAUUUUUUUUAUUUCCCACCUAUCAAUUACUUUAAAACACUGAAAGAAUUAAAGUGCUAAUGCUCCAUUCUCAAAUAUGCAUGACUGUCCUUCUGCACUAAGGUUUAUUUUAAAUAAGCUGAAUUCAGACAUCAUAGUACUCCUUGUUUUACAGAAAGCCAGGUAUACUACACCUGUAGGUAUACUUUAUAAUACUUGAAUACAAGCCAGGCAACUCAUAGUUACAGUAAGUGUUAGGAAAUUAUUUUAUAAAGUAUCUUAAAUCAGUUGCAAUUUCUUGACUCUGAAACUUCUGUAAUCUGUAGUGCAGUGUGGGUCAAGAGGCGUAAAGAUGAGUGAAGAUUCUCUUCGUGUGUGGUGCAAUCACAAAACAAUCAAACUGAUUUUCUGAACGAGAUUCACAAAUUGUGAAGUUUUUCGUUUUCUCUUUCAAGUGACAAUACGUUAUCUCUUUCGCAGUGAACAAUGCAAAACAUCUGUGAAUAAAUUCUUGAUUU